GACGACGCUUCGCGUUACAACCAGCAGUGUGUUAGUCCACAAGAAUCACUUUCGUCUUCUCCGUCGCCACUUUUUGGAGCCGUGUCGUCGCCUGAACCUUCCCGUACUCUUCUGUAUGACUCCGACAAAGUCCCUCCGCCGCCACUAUGCUGCAGACGUCCGGAGCGACACUUUGUCUUUGUUUUUUCUUUUUGCUGUCAGAGUCGACUGUCGUGCUCGGUGCUGGCUCGAUAAUAAAUGAGAUUGCUUUCCCCAUUCAGCACAAGGCCACCAGCCAAUGCCUGACAGCUAAGCAGCCCAAUAGCUUGAGUUUGUCCCCCUGUGUUCCCUCGGAGGUGUCUCAACUGUGGAAAUGGGGUUCAAGGCGGCAGCUCUUCCAUGUAGGAACCUCCCUUUGCCUUGCUUUUGACCACCGCUCCAAGACGCUGUCCCUGGUAGACUGUGGCGCCACCGUCCCUCUCAAGUGGUAUUGCGUGGGAGAAAAUAUUUUCACAAGUGACAGGGGGAUGUUGGGGGUUAGUAAGGGUCAAGUUAUGGCUGGUCCAGACUUCAACGAUGCGUUUGUGAGAGGAGGCUCUGAGGAAAGUAUCUGCCAGAGGCCAUACAGAGUUAUACAUACCUAUGAUGGGAACUCUGCCGGCGCUCCAUGUGACUUUCCCUUCAAAUACAAUGGCAAAUGGUACCACGAAUGCCUUGUGAAUGGCUUUACCGACGGCAGCACCUGGUGUUCCACGUCCUCCAAUUAUGACAGAGACCAAAAAAUGGGUUUUUGUCUUCUACCUGAGAAGGGAUGCCAGACUCUGUUUUCCAGUCAAGAGGCGGGUUCCUGCUACGAGUUUGUUCCCAGCGCUGCAGUUACCUGGCAUGACGCCUUAGAUUCAUGUCGAAGUCAGGGAGCGGACCUGCUCAGCAUCUCUGCCAAUGAGCUGGCGUCCGACAUUUUGUUGAAGGGUCUGGGGACAAUGCCUGAACGCAUGUGGAUCGGCCUCCAUCAGUUAGACCUCUGUCAGGGCUGGCAGUGGUCUGAUGGCUCUCCUCUCUCCGUCCUUCGUUGGGAAGAAGGAAUGCCUGAUUACUCCUCAAUGACGUCGUCAGACUGCGGCGUACUGAACUCCAAGAGGAAUUAUGAAACAGCCACCUGCAACAGCAAGCUGCCGUACAUCUGCAAGAAGACCCUCAUUGAGUCUCCCAGAAAUGAGUCCCUCCUGUAUGAAAAUACAGCGUGUGGAGACGGGUGGGUCCCGUGGAACGGCUGGUGUUACAAGUUAGUCAAAGACACUCCACUGAACUUCAAAGAAGCUCAGCAGCACUGCAACAACACAGAAGGUGGCGCUCUGGCCAGUCUGCACUCUAUUGACACCAAGGAGAUGCUCAGCACCAACUUUCACUCAGGUGCAGAUGACGAGUCGAUGAACGUGUGGAUCGGUUUAGUUGGGGCUGGCAAGGGCUCCACUGUCUUCAAAUGGAUAGACAAUGCGCCGGUCAGCUUCACAUACUGGGCCCCAAACCAUCCAGUGCAGCCCACGAAUGAUGCCAGCUGUGUCAUGUACUUUGGAAAGUCUCUUGGUUGGGGGCUCGCCGCCUGUGAAGAGAGACGAGCUUUCAUGUGCCAGAAGAAAGGAGAAGUCAACGAGUCUUUGGCAGAGCCUGGCUGUCGCAGGGAGGAUGGUUGGAGACGCCAUGGGAACUCCUGUUACCUUCUCAACUCCACCCUUGUCAGCUACAAAGACCGCUGCGACAUCGUAAUCCGGAACAGGUUUGAGCAGAUGUUCAUCAACAAACUGGUCACUCAACACAUGGACUCCGUGUCGCGGCAAUUUUGGAUCGGGCUGCAGGAUGUGAAGGGCAAUGGACAGUACCGGUGGAGGAGUCUGGAAGGAUUAACUAGUGAUGUGACAUAUACCAACUGGGGCCGGCUUGAACCAGACAGAGAAGGAGGUUGUGCAGUAAUUUCCACCAUCAAACCACUGGGUGGAUGGAAGGUGAGGAACUGUACAUUUGACAAAGCCGGCACCAUAUGUAGGAAAGAUCUCAAGCCACCUCCUGCCCCGGAACCUGAGCCAGACCCCACUCUACCUUGUCCUGAUGGCUGGGUGUCUAAAGAAGGCAUUAGAUACUGCUACAAGGUGUUUCACGAGGAGAGGCUCAGCAGGAAACGCUCUUGGGAGGAGGCUGAGAGAUUCUGCCAGGCUCUCGGUGCAAAUCUGCCCAGCUUCACUGAUCCUGAGGAGAUGAGAGCUCUGCAUGGCAUAAUCAGAGGCAGCAUCAGUGACGAUCGGUAUUUCUGGGUCGGACUGAACCGAAGGGAUCCAGCUGAUCGCUCUUGGAAGUGGAGUAAUGGCCGGCCGGUGUCGUUGGAGGUUUUGCAUCAAGAUUUCCAUGAAGAUGAUGUGUACAGCCGUGACUGCACUGCAUACAAGUCAAUGAGGAACUAUUUGAAGCACAUCUUUCUGUUCCUGCUACACGACUUGACUCCCACACCUUACUUUGCCACACCCUUCCACUGUGAUGCCAAGCUGGAGUGGAUCUGCCAGAUACCACGCGGAAAAGCACCAAGGCAACCUGACUGGUAUAACCCUGGUGGACACCAUGAGAGUUCCAUCUUCAUAGAUGACGACGAGUUCUGGUUUGUGAAGGAGCCCAAAUUAACCUAUGAAGCCGCCUCGGAAUAUUGCAGCUCUGAGGGCGGCAAACUGGCAGCACCUUCCAAUGCCGCUGCUGUGCGACAAAUCCAUCAGUCUUUAGCAACUAGGGGGAACAAGGAAAGGUGGUGGCUGAAUACGGACGAUUCCGGUUUGAGAUUGUUCCCCUUUAAUUCCCACCUGAAGCUGUACUACGCAGCUGUUCUUGGCAGGUGUUCAUCUAUCAGUGGUGAAAGCCCCAUUCCAAAGUUCGAGCGCAGUUGCAGCCUGAGGAUGCCCUUUGUGUGUGAGCGACACAACGUCACUUCAGUGGAGAUCAGUCCGCUGGAACCUCAGCCUGGAGGCCUGUUGUGUGGAAACGAGUCUGUGGCCUUCAGAAAUAAGUGCUACACGUUGAUGAAGAUCACGAGGCCGAUGUCCUUCAAGCAAGCUAGUGAGGAGUGCAACUCAGUGAGAGGAACGCUGGUCACCAUAUCUGAUCAGGUGGAACAAGACUUCGUCACCAGCCUGGUGUCUCAGGUGGAAGAUGUCGGGGGCCUGUGGAUUGGGCUGAAAAUCCGAAACUCAAAGCUGGAAUGGGCGGACAAGUCGCCGGCAGAUUACGUCAACUUCAACUCCCUGCUGCUCGGCAUGCACAAGGCCAUAACAGUCAACAGGUUCGACCCCGACAGCUUGGACCUCUGUGCCUUUCUGAUCAACAGCAACCACUCCGCCAUGAUGGGAACAUGGGACUACACUUCCUGCACACAACACCAGCAUCUGGCCAUCUGUCAGCACUACGCUGAUGAGGUUGAGAAGCCCAGUGUCUCCACCGAGCCCUUCCUGGCCAACAACCACACCAUCCAGCUGCUGGUCCAGAACCUCACCUGGUUUGAGGCGUUGGAGCAGUGCAGGUUACACAACAUGGACUUGGCGAGUGUGACCGACAUCCUUCUGCAGUCCACCCUCACUGUGCACGUGAGCCGUGCGCGUAAGCCCAUGUGGAUCGGCCUCUUCAGUGAAGAUGAUGGGAUACACUACCGCUGGACCGACCACAGCCACACAGUUUUCAGCCGCUGGUCGACCGAGGUCACCCACGGCCCCUGUGCAUACCUGGACACGGAUGGGUUCUGGAAAGCCACUGAGUGUGAACAGGAGUUGGAAGGUGCCAUCUGCCACAAACCUCAGAAACAAACCGCGAUCACACCGGACGACGUUGCAGUGAAGUGUCCUCAUAAAAUCAACGGCCCAAACUGGAUUCCCUUCAAGAACAACUGUUACUCCUUCCUGCUGGUGUCCACCAGGUGGGACGAGAUCGACCUGGGCGAGAUGAACCAGGCCUGCUCCAAGCUUUAUGACGGUGCGAAGACUCUCACCAUCAGGAAUGAGGAGGAGAACAAUUUCAUCAAGGAGCAACUGGUUCCGUUUCAGAACCUGGUCCAGUUUGUGUGGCUCGGCAUGCGCUAUGAUGCAAAGGAUCACCUGAUGAAGUGGCACGACGGCACAAACGUUCAGUACUCCAACUGGCUGAACGGACGGCCGCAGGUGGAGGGGCCGUUCAUGGCGGGUCUCACUCUUCGUGGAAGCUGGAUUCUCAUCCGAGACAAAAGUCUUUUCUCUGAGUUCAAGCAACGGACGAUCAUCUACUGCAAGAUCGACAAUGAGCCCAACAAAGAAUACACCAAGUCCACCAAGGACUAUCAAAACUUGGGAAAUGUCACGUACGAAGUCCUGACCAAGAAGUUGACCUGGAACCAGGCGGUGGAAGAGUGCGGCCAGAGAGGAGCUCAUCUGGCCAGCAUCCAUGAUGCCAAGCACCAUGAGCAUGUCGCGCUUCUCGCCAAGACCGACGGGUUCCCACUCUGGAUUGGACUCUCCAACCAGGACGUGCGCGGCUCCUCUUUCGAGUGGUCAGACGGGACAGAGGUCCAGUUCAAACCGGACAUCACAGUGUCUGCGGGCAGCUACGUCUCCCUCAACGAUGAGCCGGGCUGCGUGUACGCUGACGUGUCCGGUGCCUGGGUGAGGACCCGCUGCCAGUCGCUGAUGAACGGAGCCAUCUGCUACAGAACCUCCUACACCAACUCCUUCCAGAAGGCCAAGUUCCAGGCGACCCCAGAGGAAAACCGCUGCCCUCAGAGCAACGGGACGUCUCGAUGGGUGCAGCACGGGAGUCACUGCUACGCCUUCGACAUGAGCUUCUACAACUACAGUGCUUACAGCAUGGUGCAGGCCAGGGCCAUCUGCCAGGACCUGGAUGCUGAAGUGCUCACCAUCAAAAGCGAAGAGGAGAACACCUUUGUGUCCAACUACGCGUCUCAAGACGCUCUCAUCACAGACCGAGUGUGGCUCAGUGUCAGCCUCAGCUCUGCAGGUCAGCCCGUGUCUUGGCACGACGGGUCAGCCCUGUCUUACACCAACUGGCAGUCUGGUGGCCUGAGAACGGGGAAAGACACAGAGGCCUCUUGCGCUGUGUUGAUGUCCAAAGCUGGGAAGUGGAGUAUGGUCGACUGUGAAGCCAGCCACAGUCGCGUCGUCUGCAAAAUGGGAAAAAAAUCGUCCGGCUCUCCUGUUGCUUUGGGCUUCUUCAUCAUCCUCCUCAUCGCUCUUCUCGGCGUCGCCAUCUUCGUCCUCUACAAGAAGAAGCGUCCACACAUCUUCUCCACCAUCCGCUACAAGAGAACCUUCAACGACUCGGACAACACCAGUAUUAUCACCGACGCCGACUGAGCAGCCGCCUCAGGGACACGCCUCCAACAGCAACCCAGUGCUCCCUGAGCUGGGGGCGCUGCGGAGAGGGUUUGGUACGGCUGAAGUAUUUCUGUCUCAAAGUGCCUGUAUUGUCUUCUGUUGUUUACCAUGAACAAGUCUGAAACUCACAUUUGGCCUUAUGACGUGAAAUUGCACUUACAAAUCAUCAAAUGGAAAUUUUUGUUCUAAUUUCUUUUUUUUACUUGGUGGUUGAAAAGAAUGCGCUAGCUGGCGUAGUUGUAGCCAGAUUGAUCAAAGAGGCCAUGUUUGUUGUGCUGCAGGAGCUAGCUUUUCCCACAGCUGUUGAAGUGCUCGCUCUACUGAUGUUAUCUGCCGAUACUGGACGUCUAUUUUAACCUCAACUCACUUGAAAAGAUCGACCAUCUCCUGCCUUCUUCCAUGUGUAUUUGUAAGACUUUUUUUUUUUUUACAGUAGUAGCUUUGUAAAGGUGAAAUCUGCAGGGUUUGAAGAGAUCUUUUUCCCACAGGUCUUACUUGCUUUUAGCAAAAUGCUUACUUCAUUUUAACCCUCUGCUCUUUUGCGUCAUUCUAUCAUCUGAGUUUUGUUGUGGUGAUGAGCUCAACAAGUGCCGGAAUCUAAAGCCACGAGUCGCGAUGCACUUAACUACUGAGCAAGAACGCACUUUAGAACACGAGAUCGUCUCUCGCAGAGUUGCACUGGCUUUUAUUGACCAUGUAAAUAUGUUUUAGGUUUUAUUUUCUCGAGACGACACCAAAGAUGAAUGUUUAAGAGAGUUGUGUUUAUGGUUCAGGUCUUUGAUGCGAUUGAUGCAGGAUUCACUCAGGUUGGUUAACACCAAAUAAAACCUUCUGUCCUCUU